CGGGAAUUUCCCUGGCCCAGGUCUCCGGGUCUUCCCGCUACAGCCAUGCAUAAAAGGGGUUCAUCGCUCUCCCGGAGCCACAGAGCCCCGACCUCAGGCACCUCCCGCAAACUCUCCGGCUCCAGACACCGCCACUCCGACCCUCCAGCUGAGCCCCAUGCCCCGCGCCGCGACACCCGCCGUCCCUCUCCUCCAGGCCUCGCUGCUGCUCCUGCUCCUGGUUGCCACCAGCCGGCGCGCAGCAGGGGCUCCGGUGGCCUCUGAACUGCGCUGCCAGUGCUUGCAGACGGUGCACGGGAUCCACCCCAAGAACAUCCAGAGCGUGAAGGUGACGGCCCCAGGAGCCCACUGCGCCCAAACAGAAGUCAUAGCCACUCUCAAGAAUGGGCAGGAAGCUUGUCUCAACCCCGCAGCCCCCAUGGUUAAGAGGUUCAUGGAGAAGAUGCUCAACAAGGGCAGCACCAACUGACCUGGUGAAAAGGAAGAAACUCCUCAGGGGCGAUUCUUGCAGAAGAGUUCCUGCCCUUACUGAAGAUGAAAAUGAAAACGAGGACAGCUGGCUUCUGGAGACACCUGGGAAGGGCCUUAUGUGUUUGACUCUUAGGAGAUUUUAUUUAUUUAUAAAUGUAUUUAUUUAUUUGCCACAGUUCAUAUUUUAAUAUUUUACAUGUUAGUAUUUAAAGAUGUGAAUGUGUUUCAUCCAUUUCAUCAAACCUAGCUCAGUUGUGGUUAUUAUUUAAUUUGAAAAGUGUGGGUUUUAAAUGUCUCAUUAAACUAGUAUUUAUUGGGAGAGUCAGCCACUGUGGUAGAGGGUGGGGGAGACACUCAAGCAACUGGACCAUGAGUUCACUGCGAGAGUACGGGAAUGUUGCACACCUCUGUUUUCAAACUUUUUUUAAAAAAUUCAGUUGUUACUUAUUGAAAUUAUUGCGCAUUAUGUGGUCAACAUUUUUAUGUUGAAGCUUCCUUUCGACAUUUUAUGUCUUGCUUGUAAGGCAUAAUGCCUUGUGUAAUGUUCAUUAUGGGAUGUCUCUCUUCAUCUUGGAACAGAGAAGUUACAAUUCCUGUUACAUCUUUUUUAUGAAUGACAUGAAAAUAAACGUUAUACAAAAAAUUA